AACAGAACAAAGAAACUCAUACAGGUUUGGAACAACUUGAGGUUCUUCGUACACAGUUCGCAUUCGGAAAAGCUUGUGGCCCGACUGAAUAUAAAUCAUCUGCUGGAGAAUGUUGCCCCAUGUGCAAUAUUGGAUCAGUUGUUCACCUUGACUGUAGUGGGGACUUUAGUACCACGUGCAAACCCUGCACUCCAGGAACAUUCAUAAGUGAGCCUAAUGGGCUUCAUAAAUGUUUCACAUGCAGAAACUGUGUUGAAAGUCAAGGCCUUUACAUCCGGCAUAAAUGCACUACAAUACAAGACACCAUCUGUGGUAUACUUGAUGAAUAUUACUGUAUUGAUUACUCAAAUUUACAGUGUAGUCACGCUCAAAAACACAGUGUUUGCAAACCAGGACAAGAAACAAAAACACCAGGUGAAUUUAAGAACACUCUCGGUGUCUGCCUUACAGGAACAAAGACAUCAGAUGCAGUAUGUGUGGACUGCUCUCAUGGGUUUUAUUCUCCAUCAGGUUUGAACUGCACCAAAUGGACUGAUUGUUCAGCUAGGAAUGAAAUUGAGACAGAAAAUGGCAGCUCUGUUAAAGAUGUCACAUGCACAACGAAAAGGCGGGAAAGAUAUGGUCUCAUUUUUGCAAUAGUCUUAACAUCAUUAUUCUACAUAAUUCUAUACAUUGCCCCACAGAGCACAAGUUGUAAACUUAAAUAUCCUAUUGAAGAAACAAAUCCUGCAGCCCAAGACAACACAGCACAACCCAAAAACAACACACUGCAAGAGGGAUAAACACUUAGGAACAAGUUGCUUCCCAAGAAUCUGUCACACCACCUGAUGGUUCUCUAGCAACCCACUUAUUAUAGAAGUGUGACAUUGCAUUCUUAUCCGUCUGCUGUGACCUUGUCGUGGUGGAGAAGCUUGAGUUCUUCCAGCACCUUGAGAACUGUGAGAGCAUGUUAACCACACCAGUGUAAUCACAUCUAGGAGGACAAACUAACAUCAAGCACCUAUACAGACCUAGGGCCUGUUCUUCGUACGUCGCUUAUUACAUCUGAGAUCAAAUGACACAUCCAAGAUGAUAUCAUCAUGCUAAUCAUGAUCCGGCUAAUUGGGUUCUUCAAACACACCUGUUGUGUAUGAUUAGUAUCGCUGGAUUGAGUUA